AUGACCACCUAUGGUACUGGUUCAACUACUAUUUAUGACUUCAACUACAACCGAGAGCAGAUUUGUGAUAAUUUGGAAAAGCUGUGGAAUAAUGUCGAUAUAGACUCAGCCAAUAAUGUGCCAUUGUCCAGGACUAUACGAAACCUAUUCAACAACUUUGGCUUCGUACACAUCACUGGUUCUGUUUACAGGGGACAGUUCAUCUGGUAA